CCGGUGUUUAUGGAGCUGUUAAUUAUUUACACAAAUAAAAGAUUGUACAGCAUGUCAUUUUGCGAACCGCACUCCUUCAGUUAUCAUUAAUUGAGUGAUGGGGCCUUGUCAUUUCUAUCGGCCAAUCAGUGGGCUACUUGUAAUGUAGGCCUUGCGAUCCAGAGUUUCUCAUUCACUUGUUAUGAGGUAUGCUGUACAGUAGUUAACAUGCAAGUCUCGCUAGUACAGGGAAUCGCCGUGCUUUGUGUCGCCUUUUAUUGGUGGGAUUUUUCACUGGCAUCCAAACGCCAAGGGUAAGUUAUACAAAAGACGUCUGAUGCCUAGAGGCCCGUGUAACCCUCUACAAGCUCGUGUGGCCAGCUUUAACAUUCCCGUGCCGGAGUGAUGUACUUUUGAUGAGGUUCUAAAUCAUUAUCGGGUAAUUCGUUUCUAAUUUUACUGACCUCACAUAAUGUAUCUGCUCGUAUCUUCCCAGGCAAAACAGAGAAGCAAGGUUAACGCUUAAACCAAAACACGGAGGCCAACUUAUGCUAUCCUCGGGCAGGAUCAAGCUCGGGGAAGUGUUUUUGUCGGGAAUCAACGGCCUGCGCGGAGAGAGGGUAGGUAACAGUGAGGCGCAUUAUGCAUAGCUGUUGUCGUGCACUCUCCAGCUUAUCCAGCAAUUAUAUUCGAGUUGUUAUUUACAUUGUAUGCGUGGAAUUCAUCUAGUUCCUUAAUCGUCAUAUUACCUCACUCGUUCAAGAGUUCUGUGAUAUGAUUUGUAAGCGGAUAUCAACAAAUAGCGAAGUAUAGCUCAGUGGCCCUCCUUCAACAAAUGUAUUGACUUUGACCUUACCACUAUAAAGCGGAAAACCCGCAACAAGAGCUACAUUGUGAAAGGAAAUGCCUAGUGGAAAGCUGAAAAAACGUUGUGGUUAGAUUGGGAAAUUUUCCCAAAAGCUGGCAAGGUUUAAGGCGGAGAUUGCACUCAAAGCUUUGAUGGCACCGAUUCUAGAAGGCCCUGAGGGAAGCGGACUUCAUUGAAGUUGGCAAAAAAAUUCUUUUCAUCCCCUUCCGUCAUCAUCUUAGGAUCGCUUAUUAUAAUUUUAAGAACAGACUUUUCUGUUUCCUGUCCGCGGGAUGUGCUACAUGAUGACAGUUGAUUAAACUCAUGCUGCGAAGGUAACUUGCAAGUGUAACGCAGUCGGAGAUUUUUGCUCUCCGCCAAAUCACUCGUAUAUCACAGCGACCUCAAAAAAAAUAGGAGUAACCUUGGAUCUUUUCUUUUUUUUAUCUUUUUCCAGGGCGAAAAGGGAGCGAAAGGCGAGAAAGGCAGCCAGGGCGAAAAGGUAGAAUUUAAUUCUAUCCGCACAUACUUCAUUAUUUAUCAUGUACAGAUUUAAUUAUCAUUAGGUUUGAAGUUCUGGCUUUAUAUCAAGCUGGUAAUUUUAUUCACUUAAACGGAACAUGGAAAAUAGCUUAAAAUAAUUUGCACCCUGCUUAAAAUAAGCUUUUGUCGGGAUGUGAAGAGAGCACAACCGUAUCACUUUCAGCGUUUUAUCAGUGAGAUAUAAUCUUUCUAAGCGCGCGACCCCCGCCUGAAAAGGAGUGCGAGUUGACCUUUCUCGGAAUUCUACAAACUGUCCCAUCUGUCGACGAACGAAGCUGUGGACAAAAAUUUCAGAGUGCAUUGGUGAUCUUCUUAAAAAUGAUCAAACGACGCUCAUCGUUUUUAUAAUUAGUUUGUCCAUCUCUAAGCAAAGGUACUGACUGUUAAAAAUAUAUCAUAGUCGUAUCUGUGUCCGCUCCCUUGUUUCCCGAUGCAUUCCGCCUGACAUAUUUUUCCACAGUUUACUGAUAACAGAGUUUGAAAAAUGAUUUUUAAGAUAGUUCAGUAUUCUCCGCCUGUUACAAGCACUUAAGAUAGUACUGCACUAAUUAUAGAUCAGGCUUCGGUUAAGCAACUCACCGACAGCCAAAACUUCGUCCAUCACUAUUUGUUCGUAGAAUGGAAUCGCAAGGAAUUUCCUUCCAAAGGAAAUCUUAAAUUACAGCCCACACUGGGGAUUCAAAAGUCAUGUAACAAUAGGCAGUUUAGCUCUUUCCUGUAGGGUAAUACAAACGCCUCCAAAGGUUAAGAAGCUCUUAGAGGUUACAUCUUUCAUUACUCUAAUGAAGUGAGCGAAAAUACAUCAUUUCAGUUACCAAACGAAAGUUUGCAUGAUAUAUCCCCCACUGAGAUCCGAAUUUAAAUUAGCGUGAGAAACCGAGUAAAGGAAGGAAGAUGUUUUAGUUUCCUGGCCUUAAUGAAGAGGACUGGCAAUACAGUUCAACACUUACUACUCGUGAAGCUUUUGCUGCUACGCCUUUUUGAGUAGUUAGUAAGCUCUUUCCUGAACAUGAAAGCCUAUCGUUAACCUGGUAGAGCUUUCAUAGCAGAGCACUCGCCGAGAAGGAUUUAAUUACUUAGAUUUGCUGAACAAACUACACAUCCGGAUUAGAUUCACCUAUAGCGAGGCCCUUUUGAGUGUAAAGUUCAAGUAUAGGGAUGUAUUGAAUCAGUUUCCUCGUUACAUCUAUGGAUGGGGAGGUUUGGUCGGUUCAGUGAAUCUUACUAAAGGGUCUUUGUUGAUACUUUAUGACGUUAGUUUUCUUGAAAUUAAUAAAUUAGGCCUGAAAUCGAUAACUUUUCCUUUAGAAUAUAAAUCAUCAACGAGCUUCUUCUCCAUUAAAACUUAAUGAGUACAUAUUGGUCUUGAUAUCAUCGUGUGUAGAAAAGUUGAAAGACAUAGAAAGUUUAGAGUUUAGAGUGCCUGAAGCAAAUGUCAAACUCGACUUGACAAUGAACGCACUAGGUAAUUUCCUUAAAUAUUUACAAAUGGAUUCGAGCUUGUUAAAAAAAAAGGUGCGUGGACUUGGAGACUAAUAAGGCACUUAAGAGAAAGGGGGAAGGAUUUUGUGGGCAGCACGAUGUGGGAGGUCACCAAAGAUCCUUCAGUAAGCUUACUUCCAGUGAUCAAUAAGAAAAAUAUAAAAAUUAAUUUCAGUCACUAAUCACAAUUUCCCAUUUCUCACAAUGUCUAUAAAAACUCUUUGUCUUCGUGGAACAAAAUUCUUAAUAAGCAUUAGAAUGAAUAUUCAAAAUUUUCUGAAAGGCUGUCCACUGUAUUUUUUGUGGACGUGGAGAACUCCAAAGAAAAGCCAAAGAGCUGUAAAAUCUGGGUUCUUAAAAGGUGAAUUAACAGUUAAGUGAGAGCUCAAAAAAUCGUUGAUUUGGCAAGGGAAGGUAAUCGAAGACCAAUCCCGCAACAAUCCUAAGAAUAACACAGAUUAAAAAGUAAAUCUGAGAUUAGAGUGGCUUUAAAAAUGAACAAUGGAUCAGACUUAAAUAGCUUACACCUGUGCCAAAAACGACCUAGUGUGAUUGACGCACUAAUGAAUGGUUUUAAAAUUGCAUACACGUACAUUUACGGUUCUUAAAAGAUUGUAAUUCUUCCCCUGGCGUCACAGGGGACAAUGACUAGGGGCCUAUUUAAAAGUAUAUAUUUCACUCACAUUACACUAAGUGAAUGACAGCUUCAUUGAAUUAUAUGUAACUUCUAAAAAGACUACUACAUUAAAAGUGUUUCUUAAGUCUUCCUCCCGCAAACAAUUCGUAUGAAAUCCUCUCCAGUAUUUACUUGGCAUUAGUCUGGGUUAUAAACAUUUAAUUUUUCAUUAAAAAAGUAUAGUUCCUGACGUGCCUACUACAAAAGUUUCCUCUUUUUUUACUCUCCAUAAUUCUAUGUUUGUUGAAGCUUUGAACCUAGGAUUUUCUUUGGUGGUGAAAAAUGGGACGGGUCCCACAAUAUUUCUGCGAUAUUGUGAUAUCAAGUCUCUCCCAAUUUAUAAAGACUUGUGUGUAUUCUUCGGUGGCAACGUAAAAAGCACUCAUCUGAAGAAAGACUUAUCUAAAUGCUUAACGUUUUGUAAUCAUUAUCUUUCAGGGUGAUAAAGGAGACAGCUGCUCGAGUAGUUGCAAAAACAUUUUUACAUCAUCUACAUCCGAAUCUUGCGAUGCUCGAACAGAAGGCGAACUAAGGUACGACAAAAAAUCUUCCCAUCUCUUCCUCUGCAGCCGGAAACAAUGGCAACAACUGCAGACUGUCCUGCGGGGAGAGAUUAGCAACUCACCACCAAGAAAGUCCUGUCUCGAUAUAUUGUUCAAAGGUGAGGGUCAGGGUGAUGGUAUGUACUGGAUCAACCCAGCUGGUACAGACCCUGAGCGGAACGCAUUUCGUGCGUAUUGUGACAUGACAACUUCAGGAGGAGGUUGGACCCUUGUUGCCAAGGUCACUCAUGAUUACAGCUGGGUUUGUCCUGAUAGAGACGGUGGUAUGUGCCGAGGAUCAAAGACAAACCCAUUGAAUGCCAACCUGUUCCAUGAUAUCCACCAAAGGGACACUGUGGACUUGUCAAUCAAAAGCAACGUCGAUGCUGGAGUCCAUCUGAACGACACGAUCAUCCGAAUGCUUUUCAUUUCUGGUCGUCAAUCUGUUCGGUUCACCUUUGUUGGUUCCGGAAAUGACUGGACGGCAACAGAAGAUGCCUACGCUGCAUUCAACCCAAGCAAAAAGAACAGGAUGUUUGUGGAUCAUGAAUGGGGUCAGUACACGCUUGACAACGUAGACUACACGUGGAAUAUCAUCAAGCACACUCGCAAGGACAAGACCUUUAGUGGCAAAAUUAUAUGUUGGGGAAACAAGGUGAAGCACUCAUACCGCUUCUAUGAUCAUGGCCUGCAUGUCGGCUCUCCUGCAUCCGCCCAUAAGCCCUGCCUGCUCGACAAUAAUGAAAACGAGGUUAUGCUCAAGAGCCACUAUGCCACCUUACAAGGCUCUCCACUAAAAGCCCGCUGGGAUAUGGCUCAGUUUGGGUUCCUUGGGGCACAGUUUGUUCAGGUGCCGAAUAAACGCAUUGCAAUAUGGGUACGAUGAGUUAGAAAGACUCAGAAGCUGAACAUUGCUAAUAACUGAGAAAUGUUAUUAUUAUUAUUAUCAUUCACGUCUUUUCAAGACGCCCACACUUACUCAGGUUGGAAAAUGAGCCAAAAAAAACCCAAAAGCGGGCGCUGUAUUUAGUUUACUGACAUGAUAGUGAGUUUCUCUAUUCUUCAUACACUUGGGAACCUAACCCUCACGAGUAGAGAAAAAUUAUUCAAUCCCUUAGUGGAAAUAUGGAGAAAAGACAGUUUUAAGAGAUUUUUCAUUUAAUUUCCAAUGAUAUACAUGUAAACUCCUUAUAUCAUUCAACAUUACCCUGAAAAAAGAGCGAUGCGAAUGGCUAAUACGUGUGAUCGUGAUUUAACACCAAAUUCUCGACGCCACUUUGCAAAACAUGUGUGAAACCUAGAGGAAGAAUUACAGAACAGAUACAGGGUUAGAUUGCUUAAUGUUACUUCUGUCGAGAGAGUGCAUUUGGGCCAUCUCAUUAACAUCAUUUGGAAUCUGUCUCAGUGGGUCCUCUCGCUAUGAAACUGGAAAUGUACAGUUUUUAGUUUGUGAUGUUUGACUAACUAAACUUAGGCCGAGAAUAAGCCCAAGUGUAAGUUGUGCAAGUUAUAAAACGCAGAAUAUCCGAUGAGAUUCUGUAAAUUUAGCUACAAAGUAAAUUACUAAGAGGAAUUAGCUUUAUUUAUUACUCAUUAGCAUUUCUGGGUGGCUAAGAUAGUAAAAAUAAGGUGGUCGCCUGUUUGUCGCCACUGGAUCCUAUUUAGUCUGUUUUGGCAGGCUAAAAAAUGUUUAGUCCAUGUCGGCAUGUGCUCGAGUUAUUAAAUUUAUCUAUAGCCUUAGUUUUUUCCAAGUGAAUAGAAUCUGCCAAGCCAUUUAAUCCUUGAUCGUGUGCCGGCUUUAGCAGAUUUUCCCGGCUAAAGUAUUGUUAUAAGCGCAUUCAAUCCAUCGACACGUUUCUUCUCAGUUUUGAUGCAUUGAAAGAACCCGACGGAAACUCUAAACCGCUAAAUUUGAGGAAAUGGCGUGGAAAGCUAAGUAGCCUAAAGCCACAAAGAUCCUUUGGAAACAUGUUACAUUUAUUUUAAGUACUCUGUUUUGAUCAACAUGACACAUUAAACCGUAAGGAAUAUCAUGGUUGCUCGGUUCUCUCAAUGAGAAACAGCUUUUUUCAAUGUCGCCGUGGACGGUCUUUGACGAAGAUUGAUAAGGUAUCUCGGCGCAGUCAUAACAUCUUAAACGUCUUAAGGGUAUAAAGCAUAUUAAAUCUAUUAUCUUAACUUUGGUGGUGACCUUCCAUAUCCCUUGAAGGUAAAACUGUAUGACACCAAGCCGUGAACGACUCUGAUAAAAAGUAAAUUGGCUGUAACGAGGAUGAAAAUGUCUAAGUUCAUAAAGCAACCUAUUAAGUUCUGACCGAAGGCUCAUUAGGCUUAGGCAAAAUUCUAAUUUUGAUCCGGAGCGGUCUUUUUAAAGCGUGCCGGUUAUCAAGGCAAUCCAUCAUAUCGCCAGAAAAAUGAUAUAUCUCCAAUUGUCUUCAAUCAGUGCUCAGUGCCGGGUUGUCGCCAAUUUUUGGCAAGAGCCUCUGAGCACAUGUAUAUCCAGAAUUCAAUUACGAAAUGUAAUUAAAGCUUCGUGAGCGAUUGUUUAUACAGACACAGGAUUAGCUUGGCAAAUGAAUUAUGUCUUUAUACAGUUAUGCAUAUCCUUUUCCACUGGUCCUUCUUAUCGCCGAAUGCUGAUUCCAAUAGGCGCCAUACUAAAGAGUAUCUAGCCUAAACAUCAUUCUUUAAUGAAAAAUUAUCGCGAGAAGAGAUAAUACUUCAAUUAUAACUCUGUAACCAUUAUGUAAUUAGUAUUUUUUGAAUAAGGAAUGUCGUCUUUACAAAACAUAGGAAGCCGAAACCUAAUGAAGGAUUAGGUGAUUAUGUAUACAUGGUUUUAUUUAAUAAUUUGCAGCAGUAGUCUAUGUCUGAC